UCAGUGCUGUGCGAUGAAUUUGGGGAUGGUUAAGAGAUUCAAGUUCUCUUUGCUUGAUAUUUCUGUCAUCUCCCAAAAUGAACCAUUUUCAUUUACAGCUAGCAGGACGGUGAAAUGCGCUCAACGUCUCUUUAAGUAAACCGUGGUGUAAGCCAAACUGUCCCUUUCAGCUCCCAGGCUUUUCUAUAGGGCUUCUGUGGAAAACUGAUGAGUCUGCUCUGAGAAGGCCUUUCCUCUUAAUGACCCUGAUCCCGUUGAUAAGAGACUAAUCCACUGUGUGUGUGUGUGUGACAGUGAGGGGGAGAGACACAUAGACAUUUAAAAACCAUGAAAUAUUUUAUUUCAUGAGUAUAACUACAUGUAAUUCAGAGCCACUACCACACUUAAAACACAGUGUAUCCUGUGAUUAAACGAAGCAGAGAUCCAAGCCGCCUGUUCACCUGAAUCAAAAUACUUAGGGUUAGGUCAAGCCUUUAAAUUUAGUCUGUUUGCUAUCAUUGAGUAUGCCUUGUACAAAUAAUCACAUGUUGUGUUUCACAGUCUCAGUCUAGAACCUGACCUAUCUGGUACAAGCGGUUCCUCGUUGUUGGUAGCCUCAAAAAUUUAAGGUUUAGUGCUUCACCGAAGAAGCCACACAGGAUUGAGCUUGCUUUUUUAUUUAAUUUGAAGUGCUUUCAAUAAAAAAACAUGUCUGCCACCCUUGUUCCCACAGGAACAAGCAAAUCCAAGCGGUCCAUGGGGGAGUCUGUCUUACUUUUAUCAGUGCAAUACGGGGAUUCAGUGACUCUGGAUUUUAAUUAAAUUACAGAGCAUUUGUAUUUGUACAGUCAUUGCCCACCCUAAGCUUUAUUUAAAGCUCUCCACGAUAAGCAUUUUCUGGCUUGUAGGACUAAUUAAGAGGAGCUUUAAUGAUGCACUUUCGUGGUCCAGCGCAAAAGAGCCUGGAUUAAACUGUAUUUUAAACUAUUAGCAUAAUACAGUAAGGCAAACUUCAGGGAACUGGAGUGUCAAAUGCAAUAUUUGAAGGCAAUACAAACUAUCAAAGUUGUGAUGAAAAAUAACAGCAAAAAAUUGAAAAAGGUAUUAGGUUAUCUCAGUAACGGCUUUUUAAAAAGCUGGUGUUUUGAGGUAUGUUGUCACGAGAACUGCUGCUAAGAAGGCUGACCAGUUUCUCAGCAACAUUUCUACGAAUUACAACUAUGUUCACGCUUUCUGGUCAUCAAAUAUUUUGCAGAGUUAAACUGCCUCGCCACAUAGACAAUGCAUUUUUUUUGCAAGACUGUUCACACUGGCAGGCAGGCACACCCCCAUGAAAGGAGACCACAGUUACCAAGUGACAACACAAACACAUAAUCUCUAAAGCUGGCUGAAGAACAGCACAGACCUGUGAGUAUUCUUAUAUGACAAAUAAAAAAUUAGCAACAUUUGUUUAACGUCUUUAUCAAAAUGAUCAAAAUGUCUCGCGAUGCUCCCAGUGAAAGAUAAAAUAUAUAAUAUGCUUAUUUUAACAAAAAGAAUUGAUAAGGAGGAUAUUUGAGUGGAAACUAUCACACUAAUAUAUUUAAUACAUGUCUCUUUGUAGAGAAUAAGGAUGUCUCAUCAUCAGUCUGACACACAGAGUCACACAAGGUAACCUUUCUCAUUCGCAUAUCUGUAUUCAGUGCAUACAUUCAGUAUGUUGCAGUCAUUUACUUUUCACUUUCAAUUUGUGUGGGUUACUAAUUCAGUUUAAAUUCCGAUCUGCGCUUAAGAGGUGAACAAGAUGUGCGUCGACCGCUCGCUGAUGGGAUUGAAUUAAGGUUGUGAACCUUUCUAACACCGCUGUGAAUCAAACUGAUAAAAUUAAUGCUUAAUCCUCAACAGCCUCAGACAGGUCCAACACAGCAUGCACAGGGACAUGAAGACAGAACCCAAGGGCAUGAAAACCAGUGUACAACAUUUCAAUCCAUCUUCAUUCUCUCUCUUGGUAGAUGAACUCUUUGUAGAAUUGCACUUUAAAAUGACUUUUUUCUUCUUCAACAUGACUUUACAAUAUUUACAACACAUGUUUUUGCAUCUUCUAAAUAAUAAAAACCCUAAUAAAGAACUUCUAAAACAUUAUAAGCUUGUUAUUUUUUGUUUACUUCCUGAUUAAGGCCAGAUGUCUUGGAAGGUCGUUUGAGGAGUCAGGAUAGGCCGCUAGCUGUGCUGCUAGAGCAAGCUCUCAGAAUCAAAGAGGAGGUGACAGCUGGUCUGCAGUCCAGCCAUGGCUCUGUCCAAAUUGAGGCAGUGUCCCGCAAGCUGUUGGAGAAUCACAUACUCACCAUUACGCGUAUUGUUAAACAACUCAGCAUGGGCAUACAGCACACCCACGCCGACUCAUGCCCACAAACUCCCAGCUGAUUUGAUUGCACCUGAUAGAAUGGUGCAGCGCUCAAAUAAAGCCUACUUGACUUCUCGCCAUCAUCAGCUCAUGCACAUUUUGUCUGUAUAAGCAUAAAGUGAUAAUGUGCACAGUAUGUGGUUAACUCAAUACUCUUAAGUUAUGCAUUUAAAUUCUAACAGCUAUUCCCCUGACAGUCAAGCAGAAGAACUGCAAAAGAGUACACGGAUCUUUGUCUCGCGGAACAAGUGUGAGGGUGUUUGGAGUCAUCUUUCACUGAGCAGAACAUCAAACCACUCUCUGAGAGCUGCCUUACAGAAGAAUUAGAGAAAGAGAUGGCCCAGCGGGACUCUGUUACCUCUGGAAUGGCGCACGCUGUUCAAAACAUGGACCAGAAAAACACAGCUGGCGUCGGAGACUUGAGAGGAAGAGUAGCCAGGUGUGAUUCCAGCAUUGCCAAGCUCAGCGCUGACGUGAGCUUCAGAGAGCAGCAGGUGAUCAGACUGCAGAGGGAGGUUCGAGAGCUCAGGGAAGCUGUGAAUGGACAGCUCAAAGAGCUGGAGGACAAGAUUCAUGUUGAGCUUAGUAGACUGGAGGCCUUACUGACAAAGUCUUCUAAGGACCUAAAACACUCGAUGUCUGAUCUGCUUGGACAAGUUAAGCUACUAGAAGACAAGAUGACAGGAGAGCUUGACGAGGGCAAGGAGCAAACAGCAAAGCUGAGGACCUGGACAGAACAACAGCUCAAGAGCUCUCUCCAGUCACAUGCCAAGGACAACCAGGAGCUGGUUUCACUAUUACAAGACAAAAUGUUAGGGGCGGAGUCUAGAUUGGCUGACCGCCUGCUUGCCCUGGAGGCACGUGUGGAGAAGUUUGACAUCCAGCAGAACCAGGCUGACCGCAGUCGGCAUGAUCAGCUGAAACGCUCAGAAGACAAACUUAGCAGAAGAAUAACCUUAGUGGAGAACAACCUUCAUCAGGAGCUGCAGCUGCUCAAACAGCAGUACCACAAAGGGUUCCAGUCUGUGCAUGAUGCAAUUGAAUCACUGAGUCAGAUAUGUGACAUCAAAUCUCGCCUUGACAAGGAGAAGCUUGAGAAGGAUAUCAGCUACAUCCGCAGCAAGGUGACGGAGUGCUAGUGACAUACGCUAAAGAGGAACUUGUUUUUUCUUGUCACACCUAUCCUGAAGCAAAAGCUUGGAUCAAAGGCUUGGAAGUAAAACCCUCUGGGUGUUACUACAUCCAUCUUUAAAAACAAAAAAAACACUGCUGUUUUAACUGUAUUUAAUCUACCUGCGCUUUAAAAACCAGGUAAAUGAUCCAGUAAGUACUGUAUAUUAGCAAAUCACCAAGAGCUGCUAUUCACAGUAAGAUACCUACCUUUUCACAACAUUUUGAACUUUGCAAUGUUUUGACUGUAAAGCCUUUAAAUACCAUUGUACUUAAAUGAUAUCACACUGAUAAACUUGUGUAUUUUGAAUAUUAUUUUAGUAUUAUCUAAUAAAGGAUGUAUUUUUUAAAUAUACAAAUACUUUCUUGUUUAUGUAAACAGAUGUCAGUGACUUUCAUCUUACAGACCUCCUCAACUGCAAGAGUAAUUCAGUUUAUCGUAUAGUUAUUCAGCUAGGAAAGUAAUACCACAGUCUUUUGGGAUGAUUGAUGUCGUGGGACAUAUACAAAAAACUGCCGAAACCCGGGAUCGAACCAGGGACCUUCAGAUCUUCAGUCUGACGCUCUCCCAACUGAGCUAUUUCGGCCACACAUGCGUUGAGAGGGAGGGGGACACAGGGGCAUGGGUGGGCCACGUGAUGCGUUUGGCUAGUUAUGAUGUUGUUCAUUGUGCUCUUACGUUACCCUGCAACACUCCUUUAUUAAUCUAUAAUGGUGUCACCUAACAGAUAUUAAAAUAAUGUUAAAAGCAACCAUGAUGACACAGUCCGUCCUGCCGGACAGUUACUUAUCGAUUUUUGCUAUUCGGCUCGGCCCAUAACCAGGAGUUCAUAUGAAUUGAUGAUGUUGCGUCAGUGAUCAGUCAGUGAAGCUCUCAAUCUUUCAGUGGUCUGAAAUCUGAAGGAUAAAAA